AUGGUAGGCGAGAAGGAAUGGGAGACGUGUUACCACUCGACUCCUGCCGGUUACUUCACCGGCUGCCGCCGAGCUGCCAGUUUUCCCUUCUUUGGAGAUCAUUCGUUGGUGCCUAGCAGCGCAUUGAAG